GUGUGAGUUCAAAUAAUGUGCUCCCUUCUUCACAGGUCUGCAGAGAAUGGUAGGCCCUUCACAAUAGCCUGUUUUGAAGAGGAAGGUGUGGACGGAAAACAGACUGACUCCUCAGUGGACUCAAUAAAUCUGGACACGUCAGAUUACCACUCUGCUACCUCUUCGGACUGUGGUUCCACAGCGUCGAGCGACACAGAGGAGGAGGCAAAGGAUGGCGAGACGGAGGGAGAGCGCGGAAAUGAAGAGAAGGAGGUCGUCAAGAAGGAAGAGGCAGAAGGCGACACCUACACGGUAGCAAUGAUGCCCAGGAUUCGCAAGCGACACGGAGAAGGCCCAAAUAAAGUAAAAUACGUCAGAAAUAUGCUCCCUGCCAGCCUCCAGUACUUCUACCACCCUGCACCAGUUUGGCCUCAGUACAAGAAGGGCGCUCCUAUGUUUCUUAACCCAGUAUGCGCACCUCCGCCAACUCCACCCCAGCAGGUAUUUGGCUACUAUAUCUUGCCGCAGCCGUCUCCGCAGUUUAUUCUGCCUCAGGCCACUCUGCAGCCGUGGGGAGCUGUGAAGGGUUAGACCGUCCAGGAUGUGUGGGGUGAAGGUGGAUAGAGCGUUAUAAGCUCGUUCAACUGAGCCAUGUCGUGUCAGUUCUCGGAGUUCAGCUAAACUUGGGCCAAAAAAAGAACUUUGUUUAACUGUAUAGCUCAAAGUUAUUCCUUUUACAGCCUGUAAUGAUUCCUUUUUCCUUUUCAUUUCUGGUGACUUGUAAUUGAUGGCUUAUACUUGGCACAGAGAUGCCACUGAACUUGAAUGAAAACUGUUUUCUUUUUUAAAAUCUAUCAGGUCUAAACUAAAAAUUUUUUUUACGUAUUGUACACGUUAAGAAUGACUUCAAUCAUUGGGUGCUUGGACUAACUCAGGAACUCUCAGCAAUAUCCUAAUAGCAAAUAAUAGUUUUUUUCAGGUGUUACUUCUGUUAUAAUGUCAAUUUCUUCACCAAACAAUUUCCAGUAUUUAGGUCUCAAUUAAUUAAUGCACAAUGUGAUUCAGGGGUUUAUUCUACUGUAGCUAGGGUGACAAUAUAUGUAUAUUAAGAGGAAUAUUUUUACUAAACUGCUUGUAAAUAAUACAGAACUUGAAUAGACUGCACACUUUCUUUUUUUUUUUGUUGUAAUUUAUUUGGCCACCAGUGGAUGGCACAUGGAAUUGUAUAUUUUUGUAUAAACAGUGGCUGCUGUAUUUUGCAAAUCUAACUUCACCCAACACAAACAUGAUUUUCAAUAGAUUAUUACAUUACAUGUCAUUUAGCUGACGCUUUUAUCCAAAGCAACUUACAAUUGCUAUACAUCAGAGGUUGCACGCCUCUGGAGCAACUAUGGGUUAAGUGUCUUGCUCAGGGACACAUUGGUUGAUGUAUCGCAGUGGGAAUCAAACCUGGAUCUCCCACACCAAAAGCAUGUGUCAUAUCCACUGCGCCAUCACCACCCACUAGCUUAAACUAUGUGCUGUCAGUACAAUGUACCUGCUGAGGUGUAGCUGUAUUAUGGCCUGCUCAAAGCUCUGUGUUUUUAAAGUUUUUAUUGUAGAUACCUUUCCUUUCCAUGAAAAUCUGCUAAAUCCUGAAUACACGUUUCACUCACUGAUUGUUAUGUACUGUGAUUAUUUUUUAUUAUAUUGAUGCAUAUUUAUUUGCAACCUUGAAGCUCAUCUGUAUGCUUAAGCAUUGUUUUGCUUUCACCUUUUGCAUUAGCCAUUUACCUUCUUAUUGCAGCAGAUUAAAUCAACUCAUACCUGAAA